UUUCCGGAACCCCURAAACCACCCCCUGCACACUCUCCUGUCUAUACUUUGAGUUUUACAGUAAGCUUCAAUUUUAGUCGUCAAUACUGCUGGAGUUUCAAAUCCUAAAAAUUCCUUGCAUGAUUCGAAAGUCAAGCGCAUUGGCUGAUGUUUGACCCGGAGGUGUAUCUAUAUAAUCAAAAGCAGGGAGUAACCAGAGGUGUACAGUGACUUAUAUAUAGUUGGAAUUCACUCUUUGUCAGGGUCACACCCUUAUAUCUCUAAGACUGUUCCAAAAGAAUGUUAUAACGACGCCCUCGACAAACAGAGACACAAGCCUUUCCCUAUAAAUGACUWCGAAGAGCUGAGUUCAAGAUCUGCUAAGCUUACUUAGGACGGUUUUGGUUUCUCAAAAUGGACGAUAUCCAUUUCAACAAAUUAUCUUCUUUCCUGAUUUCAACGAUUUUAUCGACUCUAUUAUGGACGGCAGAAGGGACCUUAUACAAAUCGAUACACUGGGAUCCUUUAAAUCCAAUAUUUAAGACGACAAAUAAAAGCGCUCUUCAGUUUAAUGUGACAAUGAAAUCUCAGAUGAACAUCAUAUGCCCUAAUGUCCCUACAAACUUGAUUGAUCGMGACGAUGCGAUACAAAAAGAUAAUUUAUAUGAAAAUCUCUGGUUUGUUGACAAACAUAGCUUUGAGUCAUGUCAUGUCAAUACAACAAACAAACACAAUCUUCUUCUUUAUAAAUGUGAUGAUCCAAUAAAGUUGAAAUACAGAACAUUGACUUUUAAAGCAAUAUCACCCAUCAAAGGUGAACCAGAAUAYGAGAAAGGAAAGGAAUAUUACUUCCUAGCAACUUCAAAUGGGUCAAAGGUAUCAMUAGAUAACCAGAGGUCAGGUCACUGCAAAACACAUAACAUGAGAUUCAAGAUUUAUGUGUGUUCAGGCAAAAAUGAUCAAAGRUGUAAAACACAUGAAUCAGAUGAGRCAAAAACAACCUUGUCCACACCAACCCAAGUCAUUAAUGACAAGGAAAAUUUCGAAGGAGAAAAAAGUGGGAAAAGAGCAGCAUGCUUUCUAAAAUCUGGAGAUAAAAUAUGGUUUAUAACCAUUGGUGUUAUUAUYGGCAUACUGCUGAUGCUGCUUGUUGGGUGUCUUGCUUUUACAUGGAUCAAAAGACGAAGAUCAUCUUAUGGUGACCAAAUUGAUGGYGGAAAAAUGCCGCUGAAUGGAAAAGUUGGAAGCAACAGAGUGUAAAUUAUUUAAAUAAUCUUUAUUGGUGUGAAAACACAAAAGCCAUGAUUCAAAUAGUAGAAUGAUGACAGUAAAUAUUUGCUUUCUG